GAAGAAGAUAAAAGAUAUAGUCAAGAAAGAGCGAGAUCAAGCAAUGGGAAUAACAUCUCAAAGCCACCACAUAUCUACGAAGCCAUACUACAAAAUGCAGACUCUUCUCUUCCUCCUGAUACUGCUCGAUGGCGUUCUCUUGAAGCACAAGAAACAGAAGUACUGGAUCGAGGGUAAAGCUAAGAAGAACUGCUUCAUGUAUGCUAGAGAUCUCACGAUUUCAUUGGCUGAGUCUCAAACAGAUAAUAAUUGGAGUUGGUUUUCUGAUCUAGACCAAAUAUCCAGUGGUGCAAGCAUUGAGGUUGCAAAGCUGGAAUGGGUAGCUUGGUUAGAAGUGGUCGGAGUAUUCGAGACGGAGAACCUAACUCCCAACAGUUUGUACGAGGUUGUGUUUGUGGUUAAGCUAAUAGAUCCUGCGCAAGGAUGGGAAGUUCCGGUCAACUUCAAACUAGUUUUACCGACCGGUGAAACCAAAGAGCGACAAGAGAACAUGAAUCUGUUAGGGAGAAAUCGGUGGAUGGAGAUUCUGGUCGGACUUCGCCGGAAAAUAUCUCCGGGAAGAUUUGAGUUCUCAAUGUAUGUGGUUAAAGGUGGAUUAUGGAAGUCCGGUUUGGUUGUGAAAGGUGUUGCUAUU